GCUCUAAAGAAUCUAAACCCAUGCGGUUAUACCGUGCCACACACCAUUGCACUCUUCUUUAGUGUUUUUCUUUUCGUUCACGAACAAUCGUGUAAAGACCAGAUUGUAAAUUUAAACCCUAAUUUCACAAAUUCUCGAUUUCUUUCUAAUUGGCUCUCGAGAGAUUGUUUUGGUUCAGCAGAAAGAGGAGAAGAAGAAAAACAAUCCAUAACUUAGGGUUCAAUUUGGGGGAAUGGCAUCCGAGAAGAAGGCGUCGGAGGGCAUAGUGUUGCUCUCGAUGUACGGCGACGAAGAUGACGAGAUGGAAGAACUCGAUGAGGAAGUAGAAAACAUUCAUGAAGAUGGAAUUCCCCCGCCGGCGUCGGAUGCCAUCGCCGUGAACGAGAAUGAUGGUAUUAGCGAUUACGGCAAUGAACAAAUGCAGCGGCAACAGGAAGAGAGAGGUCAAUUCAACGACUAUACUCCUCCAGCAUCCGCGACUCCGCAACAAAAUCUCUUCUCGCCCCAAGAGCGGAUGCAAGCACAACAUUUUAGUUCGGAUUUGAAUAAUGUUCAGAGCCAAAAGAGUCGACUGACUAUUGUGGAUUAUGGCCAUGAAGAGGGCGCGAUGUCUCCGGAAGCAGAGGAAGGUGAAAUCAUGGCAACUGGUCGAGUAACGUAUGGAGAGCAACUUCAAAGUAGUGAUGUCACUGCUUGUGCUUUAGGUGAAUCGCGAGAAAAGAUAUCACCAGGUAUGGCUCGGCUUCCAACACCUAGCACUCAAGGUGCAACCCCCCAAUCAUUGGAGCCAGCUGAUCAGCCUGAAUCAGAUGCCAUGAAUUAUGCUACAAGUGAAUCAGAAGCUGCAGGGACUGAGGAUGUUGUUAUGGGUUCUGUCGAGGAUCAAAAGGAUAUCGAUCCAUUGGAUGACUUUUCACCGUUCCAACGAGCAAUAACGGCUCGCCGACCACUGGCAUAGGGGAAAACCCCCAAUUUUCUUACUCAAUAUGAAUUUGUCAGCAAUUUAUUGCAAAUCUUGGUAAAUUUUGAUGGUUAUUC